AUUAAAGUCGUAGAACAUGUAAAAAGUUCAAUUCAGUUACAAUGAAUAUAGUUUUAAUCCUUAUAUUGAUUAUUUCAAGCAAAACACAUGUAUUGGCGCGAGAAAACAUAGCCGACGAACUAAAUUCACUGUUACAAAGAAGCGUAGAUGGACCCUUAAAUUUUCCGGAACUUGCAAGAAACUAUGGGUACCAAACCGAAAAGUACGAUGUUCAGACCGAAGAUGGAUAUCUACUUGGCCUUUUCCGCAUACCAGGUGAACGAGGGCUGCCUACACUUCUGAUGCAUGGAUUAAUGGACACCAGUGACACUUGGCUGAUAAGAGGAAACACAUCCCUCGGGGUAACCCUAGCAUGCGAGGGUUAUGACUUAUGGUUCGGAAACAUCAGAGGAAACAGAUACUCGCGAAGACAUGUCAAACUUAACCCUGACAUAGACACUUCUUUUUGGGACUACAGUUUCCACGAACACGGAUUUUACGACCUCCCCGCUAUAAUCGACACGAUUCUAUGGAAAACUGGAUCGAAGAAACUGAACGCGAUCGGUCAUUCCCAGGGUAAUACAAUAUUUUACAUAUUAGGAUCAACUAGGCCAGAAUACAAUGCAAAGGUAAACGUUAUGACAGCACUAGCGCCAGUGUGCUUCUUUAACAAUGCACCGCCACCUCUUAGUUGGUUGAUCCAAAUAUCACCGCAGUUAUACGAACUCGCGAUGUCAAGCGGAGUGCACGAAAUAUUUGGAAACGUUACGCCUAUUGGUAAAGCAACGAAAUUGUUUUGCAGUCGACCAUCUAUCGGAUAUGCAGUGUGCCUUCUUGGUGUACUGUUUCCUUUUGUUGGAUUCGACACUCAGGAGCUCCUACCUCUUUUUUUCAAUGUCAUAGUCGAGCACAACCCCGCUGGAACGACGACGAAGAAUUUCUACCAUUUUUUCCAACUUGGGCUUCGAGGAAGAUUUUCUAACUUUGACUACGGUCCAGACAGGAACUUGCUUGAAUACAAUUCGAAGACACCUCCGGACUAUAAUUUGACGUCUGUGACUAUGCCAAUUGUCUUUAUAGCUGCGAGAAACGACAAGCUGUCCAGGAUACCGGAUGUGGAAAACCUGUUGCAGCAAUUGCCUAACGUCGUCAGGUACACGAUCAUUAAAAGGAGGAUAAUGAAUCACUUGGACUACGUUUGGGGGGCUCAUAUGAAGGCAUAUUUGUUUCCUUACAUUUUGGAAGUAUUAGAGAAGUUUAACUAAUUUAGACUCUUUUGCAACACCAUACACAAUCCUUCAAUACAAAUCGCACACAGGCAAUAUAAUGUUAAGAGAAUUGACAAUAGUAUUGCGUGAGUGCAGAGUGUCUUAACUAUUCAAUCGUGUCAACUGAAGUCCGGAGUCCUCGACGACUUACUUGCACUUUGUAAUUGCAUUUUUUUAGUUUGUUAAUCUGAUAGGUCCACAUAGCUCCUAAAUUAAGACAAAUAGGAAGUUUAAAAUUGAAUGAAAACAGAUGAGUCCCUAGAGAUGUCCCACAAUAAGUUCACAGUUUAUACAACGUUUAACAGAAUUAAGAAAUAAUAUUGAAUGAUGCAUAAGAAUAUUGCAUAAGGAAUCACCCUGUUAAAAUUUUAAAUCAACCGAACCAUAUUUAUUUCUCCAUACAAACGAUUACAAAAGAUUUAAAGAGUUUACUUAUGACAACCCUAUUGAAGAUAAACGACCGUCACGCGCAUAGUACCUACGCUACGCAACGCUUACUUAAUAAACUGACAGGGUUCACAUGAUUUUAAUUUUGCAUGUGAUGAGGCUGUAUCUGAUUUCUUUCAGUAAAAACCAUAGCAGGUUUACUCAAAAACUAUCAGGUUUUCUGAUUUUCAGAGACAGUACAUAAUGCACCCCUAAAGGUUUUUAUUUACACGUUGUAUAAAACGUAAGCUUAUAUAAAAAUAUGACGCCUCCAGAGAAUAAACGAUUUAGAGGAAUGGUUAUGGUGA